UCUCCUUCUUCUUCUUCUUAUUCUCCUAGACAGAAAUAUAAUGUUUUCUUGAGUUUUAGAGGUGAAGAUACCAGCAAAAAUUUCACUGAUCAUCUAUUUGCUGCUUUAAAAAGGAAUGGAAUGAUCACUUUCAAGGAUGAUGCAAAGCUUGAGGCUGGCGAAGAAAUUACACCAGAACUGUUUAAAGCAAUUAAAGAAUCAUGGUGUUCACUAAGUGUUUUCUCAGAAACAUACGUUUUUUCAGGCUGGUGCUUGAACGAGCUUGCCGAGAUUGUUCAACAGAGAAAAAAAAGGAGGCAUAGAAUUUUCCCAAUUUUUUAUGAUGUGGAUCCAUCUGAUUUGAGAAAACAAACAGGAAGAGUUGCUGAAGCCUUUGCCAAUCAUGAAGAGAGAUGCAAGGGAACUAAAGACAAGAUCCAAAGGUGGCGAACUGCUCUAACUGAAGUGGCUAAUAUCAAAGGAUGGCAUUUAAAUAAUAGACAUGAAUCAGAAUUUAUUAGAGACAUUGUUAAAAAGAUAUCAGCAAAAUUAUGUCAAACAUAUUCGGUUGUUCAUGAUGAGUUGAUUGGAAUUAAUUCACGUUUGGAAGAGUUGCAUUCACAAAUAGACAUUGGUGAAGACGAUGUCCGCAUUAUUGGAAUUUGUGGUAUGGGUGGCAUUGGUAAAACUACUCCUGCAAAAGUUGUUUAUUCUCAAAUGUCACUUCAUUUUGAAGGUAAAAGCUUUCUUGCUGAUGUUCGAGAAGUUUCAGAAAAAUAUGGACUUUUUUCUUUACAGAAACAACUUCUUUCUCAAAUUUUGUUGGAAGAAGAUUUCAAUUUAUUCAAUGUUCAUGAAGGGAAUGCCAUGAUCAGUCGUAGGCUAUCUCACAAGAAGGUUCUUAUUGUUAUUGACAAUGUUGAUAACUUUCAACACUUAAAAUGCUUGGUUGGAAAGCGUGAUUGGUUCGGUUUAGGGAGCAGAAUCAUCAUAACGACAAGAGAUGAACAUUUGCUCCGAUCUUACAGAGUGGAUGAUGUGUAUAAGCCUACAACACUGAAUGUCGAUGAAGCACUUCAUCUUUUCAAUUUGAAAGCUUUCAAUAGUGAUACAGUGCCGGAAAACGAUUUGGCUGAGCUUUCUAAAUCUGUUGUGGAAUACGCUGAUGGUCUUCCCUUAGCUCUUGAAGUUUUUGGUUCUUUUUUGUGCGGUAGAAAUGCAACUCAAUGGAGAGAUUCAAUCCAAAGAUUUAAAAGAAAGAGUAACAAAGAAAUUCAUGACAGACUUCGAAUAAGCUUUGAUGGAUUAACAGAAUCGGAGAAGAAUAUUUUUCUAGAUAUAGCAUGCUUUUUCAAAGGGGAGAAGACAGAUUUUGUUACAAAAGUACUAGAUGGUUGUGGCUUUUUCCCACUUAUUGGAAUCGACGUUCUCAUUAAGAAAUCUCUGAUAAAAGUUGAUGAAAACAAAAAAUAUUUGUGGAUGGAUGAUUUGCUACAAGAGAUGGGAAGAAAAAUUGUUCAACAAAAAUCACUUGAUGAACCUGGAAAACGUUGUAGAUUGUGGGAGGAAAAUGAUGUUUAUCACCCUUUACCUAAAUUGAAAUUAGUCAACCUCAAAGGCUCCAAAAACCUGAUCAAUACGCCAGACUUCACAGGGGCUCCAUAUCUCGAAUGUUUGAUUUUGGAAGGUUGUUCCAGAAUAGUAGAACUGCCCUCUUCAAUUGGAUAUCUCAGCAAUCUUGUUUUGUUAAAUCUGAAAGACUGCAGUAACCUUCAUGUAGAAUUUUUGGAGGAGCUUGAUUUAAGUAAAACUGCCAUAAGAAAACCUCCAUCCUUCAUUUUUCAAUUUAAAAGUCUGAGAGUUCUGUCUUUCAAUGGAUGCAAGGGACCACCAUCAAAAUUAAGAUGGAAUUUGCCUUCUAUUUUCAAUGUCUUUCAAAGAAGAAGUUCGGAUUCCAUGGCUCUGACGUUACCUUCUUUGUCAGGUUUGAGUUCUAUAACAAACCUGAAUCUAAGUGACUGCUAUCUUGGGGAAGAAGCUAUUCCUAGUGAUAUUGGCUGCUUCUCCUCUUUGAAAAUUCUUGAUCUUCGUGGUAACAAUUUCGUCUACCUACCUGCAACUCUUAAUCGACUUUCCAAGCUUCAUCAUCUUACAUUGUCAGAUUGCAGGGAGCUCAAAUCGUUGCCAGAGCUCCUAAGUAUAGAACAAUUGAUCAUAGAUGGUUGUGUUUCACUGGAAGUAGUUGCAGAUCCAACAACAGUACGCAAUUCAACAUAUUGGGGAGCAAUUACCUGUUUUAACUGCUACAAAUUGGCUGAGAAAAACAAUGCAUUAACAAUGCUACAAAAACACCUUAAGGUAAUUGCAAGACCAUUAUUCGACAUUUUUGUACCUGGAAGUGAAAUCCCAGAAUGGUUCCCCCAUCAGAGGGAUGAAUCUUCAAUAAAGAUACCACUGCCACCUAAUAUUCUGAAUGAUAGUCAGUGGAUGGGAGUUGCUUUCUGCUGCAUUUUCGUCUGUAGCUUCAUUGAUGAUGAUGUUUAUAAGAGGGAUGAAAUAAUGUGUAAAGCAGUUAUCCACGGUAGGAAUAUUCUACGAGUCGAUUGCAGUGGCUUCCGUUUAGGAGGAGUAUCUAGGCCGGUCAUUAAGGAGCACCUUUGGCUACGUUAUUAUUCUCGUGACAAGAUAUUUCCGUUUUCAUUGGAAGAAAGAUGUGGUAAAAUUGAGAAUUCAGUGAGCACAGAUUGGGCAAAUCAAGAAUGCAAUGAAAUUGAGUUCUCAAUCCAAUCCUCUUUAGGUGUCUCAUCUGUCAAAGUGAAGAAGUGUGGUGUUCGAAUAGUGUAUGAGAAAGAUUUGGAAGAGAUGGAAGAAAUGCAAGAGCAACACAGCAUUCCAACAAAUUGUGCAGAUCUUGACGAUAUCCAUCAAGACAUUGGUGGUGAUGAAGGGUCAACAGGGAAUGAUGGUGUCCUUGUAAAACGAAAACGUAACGUCUACGAGGAGGCAGCAGGACCAAGUGAUAAGAGUGAUAGCCCUGAAGAAAAACCACACCCCAAGCGGCUGGAAAAAAUUUAA